AGCUGUUACGAAAUACGCAAUAGAGGUAUUAUGACGUAGUAGAUAAACUAUUACGCAACGAUAACACCAAGGUCAAUAUCGGUGUUUUUUUAACUCGACAGAACAGAAACAGAUAUUUGGUAGCGAAUUUGUUUAACCCUCUUGUACGUUCUACGACUAAAGCUUUUUGUUAAGCUACGUAGUUGAUUUUGUUUCUCAUUCUACUAGACUAUUGUCGUAUUUCUGUUCUCAUUUGAGGCCGGUGUAUGUCUUUAUAAUUGCCCUUUUGUUUUUUUAUUUGUAUUGGGCUAUUAAAGUAUUUUUGCCUGGAAUGAUUGAUUGUCUAUUCUAGAGUGUAGUGAUAGAGAGCACAGUACACUGAUCUGUGGCACACGGGAAAAUAAAGUGGUCAGAUAACUUUUAGAACGACACAAUCUGAUGACUACUACGCAUUUUUGUUUUUUACUUAUAGUGUAUUAUUUAAUCAAGUGAGUUCUGUUUUUGUCUAUUUUUCUUUUUCUACUGUUUUGCUACUUGUGAGGUAAUGCCAUUUUUUUGUUGAAUGAAAUACUAUAUUCAGGUCGAAGUAAACGGUGAGAUGCGAGUGCUAUUGAUUUUUAGAUGUUCUUUUUUUUUUGCAUGUACUUUUUUGUUUAGUCCAUCAAAAAAUAACAACAGUGAGUUUAUGUUUCUUUUUUUUAUCAUUUUUCAAAAAUAAAAGAUAAACACUAAAGUUCAUUCCUCUCGCAAAAAUAACAUGAAAAUGCGAAUCUUUUAUGUAUUGUAGUGUCAGUGUCUAACGUGCGCUUUUAAAAUUUUAGACAUUAAAAUUGUUCUGCAUGAUGAAUGGUAACGAUGGUCAAGGUGGAGAUCCACAAAUCGAUUCAACAAUUUUAAAUAGUUUCAUUGAUCUUCAUCGUUCUCAACUGGAACUAUCGAAUAUACCUGAACACUAUUGGCCGAAUAUUUAUCAUAAAUUAUACAAUGAGAUAUUUGAUGUUGGAGAAUAUUUUCAAAUUGUUGAAUUACAAGAUGAUGAAGAUAAAACAGUUGGACGAGAAUUACGAGUAAAAGAUGAACAUACAAUAUUGAACAAAGAUGAUCCAUACAUGAUAUUUGUUAUUGAUCAUGCUUACACGUAUCGGCUUGAUCAAAUUCAAAAACAACUCUAUCAGUUACCACAAUUAGUUGAUCGAUUAUGUCGAAUGAUGUUCAUUGACAUUGAUGAGGAACAUGAGAAAAAAAUUGAAAAAAUUAUUGAAGAAAUGUGGAAAUUGAAUCAUACCUAUACGUUUACAACUGCUGGAACAAUGAAUAUUGGUAAGGUAUCUGUUAAUAAUCAAACUCAAUAUGAUGGUGAACUGUUUAUUGAACCUUGUCAAAUAUGUAUCGAACGACGUCAACAUUUUACUCAAACAAUUGAACAAGAAACACAAUAUGUAAAAUUCACCUCUUCUUGUCUCGUUCAAACCGAUGACAUAGAAAUUCGAGAAUCUCCAUCCAGUUCAGCUGAAAUUCAAUGUACAUUAUACAAAGACGAUGUCGAAAAAAUGAUUGAACAAUACUGUCAAACAUCUCAGGUAGCAGAAGCAUUGAUCAAAUUUUUAUUACAACUAUCGGCAUCUCUUACAGAGAGAAGCAGUUGUCUUCAUUGA